AUGCAUUAUUUUCAAACCCAUCAAAUCUUAAGUUUGACAGGAAUAAGUUUCGAGAGAAGAAGUGUUAUUGGUUUUGUGGAGCUAACUAUAGUCCCACUAAAAGAUAACCUCAGAUAUAUACGACUCAAUGCUAAACAGUGUCGAAUAUACAGAGUUUGUCUCAAUGACCAAUAUGAAGCUAACUUUCAAUAUUUUGAUCCCUUUUUGGACAUCUGUCAAAAUGAACCCAAUACGAGAUCUCUUGAAGUGUUUUCACAGUAUCAUUUAUCAGCAGCACAGAAAAUAGACCCUGAUCACAAUUCUGGUGAAUUACAUAUACAAGUGCCAGAUGAAGCAGCACAUUUGGUUGGGGAAGGACGGGGACUGAGAAUAGGGAUUGAGUUCUCAUUGGAAUCUCCGCAAGGAGGGAUGCAUUUUGUUGUUCCAGAAGGUGAAGGAUCCCUAGUUGAGAAAUCGGCACACAUGUUUACAUAUGGUCACUCGGCAAGGUUGUGGUUUCCAUGUGUGGAUAGUUUUGCUGAACCGUGCACUUGGAAAUUAGAAUUCACAGUUGACGAAAGUCUUACAGCUGUUUCAUGCGGAGAACUGUUGGAUGUAGUAUAUACCCCAGAUCACAGACGAAAAACAUUCCAUUAUGUUGUUAAUACCCCAGCCUGUGCACCGAACAUUGCAUUGGCAAUAGGACCUUUUGAAACAUAUGUGGAUCCUCACAUGAAUGAAGUAACACAUUAUUGUUUGCCAAACUUACUGCAAAUCUUGAAGAACACUGUACGAUAUUUGCAUGAAGCAUUUGGAUUUUAUGAGGAGACUCUAUCUACUAGGUACCCUUACCCAUGCUAUAAGCAGGUUUUUGUCGAUGAGACUGAACAUGAAGCCACAGCCUACACAAUGAUGUCAAUCCUAAGCACACACCUCCUACAUUCAAUAGCGAUCAUAGACCAAACCUACAUAAGUCGGAAAGCCAUGGCUCAAGCGGUUGCGGAACAGUUCUUUGGCUGCUUCAUAACUAUGCAGAAUUGGUCAGAUCUGUGGCUCGCUAAAGGUAUACCUGACUAUCUGUGCGGAUUAUACUCUAAAAAGUGUUUCGGUAACAAUGAGUACAGAUACCGGAUUCAUCAAGAACUUCAAGAGGUGGUACAAUAUGAAGAACAAUAUGGUGGCAUGGUCUUGGACCCAUGGCAACCGCCCGCAAGUGGCGCGCGAGUUGAACCCAAGGAUGUGUUUUAUUUUCCAGUCAGAAAUGUUAACACAAUGUCACCUAAAUAUACUGAGGUUAUGCGUAAAAAGUCUCACUUGGUACUCCGUAUGUUGGAGCAACGGAUAGGCCAAGAACUCUUACUGCAAGUUUUUAACAAACAACUAUCACUAGCGGCCAAUGCAGCAAAUACGAAGAUCGGAAGUGGUUUAUGGGGCCAUUUGCUGCUGUCUACAAACUUGUUUGUAAAAGCAAUAUUCACAGUGACUGGAAAGGACAUGGCUGUGUUUGUUGAUCAGUGGGUGCGAACCGGGGGGCAUGCUAAGUUCCAAUUGACCUCUGUGUUUAAUAGAAAGAGGAAUACAGUGGAACUGGAAAUCCGUCAAGACUGCGUUCACGAGCGUGGUAUACGCAAAUACGUCGGCCCGUUACUGGUUCAACUGCAAGAGUUAGACGGGACUUUCAAACAUACCCUGCAAAUUGAGAACACUGUCGUCAAAGCAGACAUUACCUGCCACAGUAAGAGUAGAAGAAAUAAGAAAAAGAAGAUACCACUGUGCACCGGGGAAGAAGUAGACAUGGACCUCUCUGCUAUGGACGACUCACCGGUACUAUGGAUUAGAUUGGAUCCAGAAAUGUCGCUCUUGCGCAGCACUGUGAUUUCGCAGCCGGAUUACCAGUGGCAGUAUCAAUUACGUCACGAGCGUGACGUGACAGCCCAAAGUGAAGCUAUAGACGCAUUACACAACUAUCCUGAACCCGCUACAAGAAUGGCGCUUACAGAUACAAUUGAGAACGAGCAAACUUUCUACAAGAUACGUUGUAGGGCGGCACACUGUUUGACAAAGGUGGCAAACGCAAUGAUAAGCUCAUGGGCAGGCCCUCCAGCUAUGUUAACGAUAUUUCGAAAGAUGUUCGGUUCGUUCUCAGCACCGCAUAUCAUCAAACAAAACAAUUUUGACAACUUGCAACAUUACUUCUUACAAAGGACUAUUCCUGUUGCUAUGGCAGGCCUAAGAAACAUCCACGGUAUCUGUCCUCCAGAGGUCGUACGAUUCUUGUUAGACCUUUUCAAAUACAAUGACAACUCGAAGAACCAUUUUUCGGACAACUAUUACCGUGCUGCCCUUGUUGAUGCUUUGGCGGCCACUAUUACACCUGUCAUAUCAGUACUACAACCGGGUGCUCCAAUAACAGCCGACUCCUUAUCUGCUGAUACUAAGCUGGUCCUUGAGGAAAUAACUCGCGUGCUCAACUUGGAAAAAGUGUUGCCCUGUUAUAAAAAUACGGUGACUGUAAGCUGUUUGCGGGCGAUUCGCAGACUUCAACAGUGUGGCCACUUGCCUAGUAUUCCAACAGUUUUUCGGGCCUACGCUCAGUAUGGACAAUAUAUCGAUGUUCGAUUAGCAGCUUUCGAAGGUCUAGUAGAUUUUGUGCGUGUCGAUGGAAAGCCAGAAGACUUAGCAAAUCUUUUGACAGCGGUAGAAAGCGACCCAGACCCUGGGGUGAGGCAUGGUCUGGCGCGACUGUUGGUGGCAAUGCCACCUUUUGAACGGGGUCAGAGACAUCGACUUGAUACGGAAUCCGUUGUACAUAGAUUAUGGAACAAUAUGAACAGCCAUUUAUCAAACGACGCUCGUCUGAGAUGUGAUCUCGUUGACCUGUAUUAUACGUUAUACGGUUUGAAGAGGCCUUUAUGUGUCCCGCUACCAGAGAUACAGGCUAUGAUGAAACUUAUGCAGAGCAAGGAGAGGGAACGGUUCGAGCGAGAAAAAGAGAGACAGGACAGAGAGAAAGAGAGGUUGAGAGAGUUGGAUCUAAAACCAGUUAUUAAACAGGAAAUUGAUGAGACGAUUAUCAAAAAAGAACCAGAAGCUAUGGACAUUUUGCCGCCUCUCGAACCGCAAAAGGACAGCAACUUACCCGUUCCAUUGUCUAGUAUUAAGGAAGAGGACGAAAAGGUGGAUAUAAUGGGUAUAAGCGAUUUACCUGUGGGGGGAUAUCGGGAGGAGACAAAACGUGAUUUGAUAUCCGACAACGCGGCUCCUCUGCCGGGUAUACCCGGUUCGUCCGGACCAAUCGGAUUUGAGCCGGGUAUGUUUAGACAUGACAAAGAUGAUCUGGGCGCACCAAAGGCCAAGAAGAAGAAGAAGGAAAAGAAGAAACACAAGCACAAGCAUAAACACAAACACAGUAGCAAAGACAAGUCAAAAGAGCACAAAGACAAACUUUCUCGUCCGCCGUCGACCACAGAUCAUUUGAAAAUAAGAGAUGAAACGCGGGAAACGCUCAGCUCUUUCAGUUCCAGCCAGAGCCCUUCCGAAGAUAUAUCCUCUAUGCCCAUGAAUAUGACCUUUUAA